GUGCAAGUGAGAUAGAGAGAGAAAGAGAGAGACAGACAUAGUGUCAAGCGAAAGGAAUCGGAAGUUGGAUACGAUCGGAAUAUAACCUCGAAUGAAAAAGGAAGAUUUCAACUACUACGUCAUAAAUAACGAUAUCUUCAGUAUAGAACAGUUACAGUCCAAAGUUUAAUCAUAAAAGUUUUUUGUAUAAAUAAUGUAAAUAUGUACAGUAAGUUAUCAUUAAUACCGAUAAUUUUUUAUAACAAAUAUCGCGAAUAAGUUCGUUCAAUGCACGUUGUUUUUAAUCGGAAAGAUGAUAAAAAAAAGAGUGUAUAGUUUAUUACUGCGUAUUAAUUAAUCAGUUCAUUGAUGAAGUAGCUUUUCGUGUAAUUUUGUAAGCAGCAAGCCAUGAUUAAGCCGCUGAAAAAAAUUUCUCGACGAUAAAGAAAUGAAGAAAACAAAAAAAAGAAGAAAGAAGGAACGAAGAAAAAAAGAAUAAGGGAAGAAAGAUGGAAAGAAAAGGGAUGGAAGGGGGUGUACAAAAAUAGAUAGCACACGGUAUAGUAUGUAUAUGUACUUACGUUGUGCGAGUAGAAAAGUCGAGUACUCUCGAUGGGCACGUGCCUCUUGCCGGCGGAGUAUCUUUAAGUAGGAGGAAGAGAGAGAAAAAGAGAGAUUCAAAGAGAGAGAGAGAGAGAGACACUGAGUGAAAGAGUAAGAGUAAGACAGAGAAAGAUAGAUAGAUAGAUAGAGAGAGAGAGAGAGAGAGAGAGAGAGAGAGAGAGAGAGAGAGAGAGAGAAAGAAGUAGACAGAGAAAUAGAGAGAGAGAAAGACAGAUAGACAGAGAUCUCUCACGAAGCUCUCGACGGUAGUCUAUUCGAUGUGGAGAUUGCGCAAAGUAGCGCAAGAUGCGUUCGAGUCGACAUCGACAGGUUACGAGACGACGCGGAAGCUCGAGAGGUUGGGCUAACUAUAGUAGAAGUAAACUCGCGAGAGAGGACGCUUCUCUCUCGUAGGAUACAGCAGCCUUUCGUUCCACCAUCACCAUCCCUUCGUUCCCUUUUCUAGUAGGCCUAUAGAUACUAUACUAUGCUAUACUAUAUUACACGGCGUACACAAGCUGCGCGCUUAGGUGCGCGCCUAGGUGCGCGCCUAGCUGCGCGCGUCUAAGUGCGCCCCCGAUUGCGUAGUCGCGUAGUCGGUGGUGCGACAACGGGCGUCGACCGCUUUUAGUAGAAUUUUCUUACCCCUCAGUCGCGUACUUCCUCUCGCGGAUGACGAAUACGAACUACAUUAUCAUCUUUCUCCUUCUUCUCGUCCUUUUCUCCGUAUUUUCACUCUACCUCUUAUCUCUCUAUCUCUUUUUUUCACAUCGUCAUCAGUCAUCACCGUUCUUUAUCCUCGUGUUUUUAUUUUUGUCUCCUUCUUCCUCGUUCUCCUCUUCCUUCUUAUAACGAAUUUUGUUUCCUCUUGUCCUCUAAAGAAUACAAGUGAAUUCAAAGGUCGCGUAUCUCUCUCGUCUCUCUUGCUCUUUAUAUCUCCGUAAUAUACAACUUUGUUCUCUCUCUCUGUCUCUGUCUCUCUCUCUGUCUGUCUCUUUUCCUUUGUUUUCCUUUCUUGUUGCGAGAGAACGACGAAGAUACCUUUUCUUCUAUUUUUUUUUCUUCGGAUUCUCCGAGAGAGUUUAUGUUAUUAAAUAUUUUAUUAUUUGCCAUGUUUCUAAGAAGAGAUAUGAGAACGACGUAAUACAAAUCCUGUCGAAACCUGCGUGCUCAUAACGAAACGACGCUUGGUGCUGAUCGGAGGUAAAAUAGAGGUAUAAAAGAAAAAUAGAAAGGGAGAGGAAGAAAGAGCAGAAAGGAAGAAAGAAAGAAAGGGUGAAUAGUUAACGUGGCAUCUUGAUUUCGCCGACUGUCAACGUGGAUGGUCCAGGUGUGCAUCAGAAAUCUUAGGACGAAUAAUUGAAUUCCCUUUUGGAUCAAGGCAGAAGCUUAAUUUCUAGGAAGACGUUACGCGACUUGACACGAACCGCGUUCGAUUAAUCGUUCUUCGGAUUCCAAUCGAUGCAGCUUGAUUAGUACUCUGCAAUGUGUUAUUCAACGUGACACGAACCGGUCAAUGUUUCCAUUUCGAAAACGUAAUUCGAUCCUUUACACGAACCACGCGCUUACUUUUAUUUUACUUUUUUUUUAUUCCCUUUUUUCGUUUUCUUGCCCAACAGUGAAUGGGACUUCGAUGAACGUGCAUUGGGAAACAUUCCAUCAAUCGCAAUUCUUCUAUUCUCGUAUAUCAUCUAUUUACAGUGUCACACAUUCGUACGCGACUUUUUAUCAUACAUCGAAUUCCUUUUAACAAAAGCCGCGAUCUAUAAACGAACCUCGAAGCAAUUUCGCAUAUAUCGAUUGUCGAAAUCGGAAGUUUUUGGUUUUCCAUUCUUCAUCGUUAGUCAACGGAGAGGAGCGGGCGAAGAGAAGUGAGGGAGAGAGGGACAGGUUCGGUUAGUAAUUUUCUCGCGAAUCUAUUCGAGUUCGCUCGUUGUUGAGAAAGAAGGAAAUAAUAAAGGGAAAAGAGCAAGAAGAGAAAGAAAAAAAAAAGAGAAGAGAAAAAAGAAAACACUAAAAAGAAAAGAAAAGAAAAGAAAAGAAAAGAAAAGGACAAAAAAGAGAGACAAAGAAUAAAUUCAAGGGGGAUCGAUAAAUGUAAAGGAAGUCGAAGGAGGAAGAUCGUAACAUUUUCCUUUGUUUAUUGGAAAAUCGUUGUCACGUAAUCGUCAGAAUCGUAAAAUGGAUAAGUGCGAGGGGUAAAUCUUUCUCCUCAGUCAGUGAGAUGUUCCCAUGAGAAGAGCCGUCUGCGUGGUAAUGUCUUGUUGUUGCUGGUGCUGCGACAGCGGGAACAGUACAGCCGGUCCAAGAGGAACAACAGCAGCAGCAGCAAGUGCCGUCGUAGCCGGUGGCGGAAGAAGUGUCGUGGUUGAGAACCACGUUCACGGGAGCAACGUGGUGAGCGGGGGUGGUCUUGGCAUCGCGUCCGGCCUCUCGGCGAUGCUCUCCCUCAUCGUCGUCACCGUCGCCAUCAGUACUGGCGAGUGGUUGUUGACCGAAGAAAAACUACCCAAGACGUCCUCGAACGCCUCAGUCGAGCCGGACAGCAAAGUGACUUAUAGCGGGCUCUGGCGUGUUUGCGUCGCCAUAAGCUCGCGCAUGGAAUACGAGUGUUCAAGUAUCGACUAUUUUCCAAACGAGGAAUACAGUCCCGAUCCCAGUGACUCAACGAUGGCGAUUCCAUAUGCAGUUACAAAGUCAGCUAUGUUUUUCUUUGCGGCGACGUCGUUGCUCGUAAUCGCGGAAGUUUGCUAUUUCGCCGCACACAUUACGCAUCCGAGGCACAGACUUUGCGUCUUCGUAGCUGGGGUAGUAUUUAUAGUUUCAGGCUUACUCAUGUUGGUUGGAAUGGUCAUGUACAUAUCAAUUUUUAAAGCCGAAGUUGGCAGCAAACUCAGGCCACGAUCGUCGUUUCAGGGACCUCCUUUUACGUAUAGAUACGGCUUUUCCUUUCUCCUAUAUGUGAGCGGCUUCAUCACGACCGAGGUGGCUGGUACAUACGCCAUUUUUCUAUAUAUAUCCUGGCACCAGCGAGAAUUGGUACGAAAGGACUUGAGGCGGAAAAAUUAUGGGGGUGUCUAUCACUUGGAUAAUCAUCACGCACAUCACGGCAAUCAUGCCGCUUUGGGCCAUGGUAAUUUUAUCUGCGAGAGACAUCAAAAGAGAUACUUCUUUGGGAGGGAUUCCGUCGAUUACGUCGAUUUCGACGAGUUUUUACCACCGCCGCCGAAUUUGGAUCAUUACGAUUACACCGUCAGACAAUUUCCAAGAGAUCUCACCGCUCAAACGGUGAGCACGACGGCGGACAUACUGCAGCAGGAGGAGGAUGUACCAGAGCCCGACACCGAUUAUAGUCCAAGCGUCCGGCAUGAGUUCGUGACCUUUGACCUCGAGGAUCCAGCACCACCGCCUACACCCGUUAGAGGUACCGACUGGGCCUUCGCAGCUCUAAGAAGAACUACUCCCGUCUGAUAUAGCGUCAGGUAUGCGAGGUUGGUGCAAAACGUCGACUACGAUGACGUGAAUGAUGACGACGAGGACGACGACGACGACGACAACGACAAAAUGGAUGAGAAAGCGGAGGAGGAAUGUACGGAAGAGGAAGAAGAGGAGUCCAUGUUGGACAAAAGCUGAAAAUGAUUGCCGUGAGAGGAAAACGGUAAUCUCUUUUUGGCAACUGCGAAAAUCGUGCUCUAGACUCUUUAAAAAUAUAUUUGGAUCGUUAUUUUUCUUUCUCGAACUAAUCGAUAAACGACCGAACAAAAGUGUUAGAAAUAUCGUAAUGUGACGAUUUAUAUGACGUACGAUUUAAUUGGAAAUACUCUUCGUAAACGUCGAAGGAUAAUUAAAUAGAAGAAAACCUAAAAUAGAGACAGAGAGAGAGAGAGAGAGAGAGAGAGAGAGAGAGAUGCGAUUUACUCGUGCGAUUUUAUAUUAUUAUUUAAUAAUUAUUAAUUUAUAUUUCUACGUGUGAUCUGCCAUAUUUAUACAAAUUGUUUUAAGCUACACAACUGCCCGUUUUUUUCUUAUUCUUUUUCAUAUACAAUCGUGUAUAUAUGUAGAUAUAUAUAUACAUAAAUAUAUAUACAUAUAUAAUAUAGAUAUAGUAAUAAAUAAUAAGAAUAAAUAUUUGAUCGCAUAUAUAAUUCUUGAAAGAUCGUUUAAUUGCGUCGUAUCGGAGAGAACCGUCCUAUAAUCAUUAUGAAAAAUAUACAUACAUACAUAUAUAUAUAUAUAUGUAUACGUACAUAUUUGUGUUGAUGACUAUUGCUUGUUUCAUCGAUAAAAUAAUAUUAAUAUGUAGAAAUUUCUGAUUCGAUACAACGUAUUCAAAUGAUUAAUGAAAUUUAUAAUAAUAAGAAAAAAAAUUUAUAUAAAUUAUGUUGGAGGCCUAUUAGAUAUCUAAUGCAAUUAGAUUGUAAUAUAAAUAUACGACCGCUUAAAUUUUUAAGAUAUAUACGAAUUUAUUCUGAUAUUAUUUUUCAGAAUUUAAUUUACAACUGGAAGACUAUUUAUUUAUUUUUUUUUCUUUUUUCCUUGUCUUUUCUUUCAUCUUGUUCGAAUACUACGAUGAAAAAGAAAGAAAAAAGAAAAAAAGGAAAAAAAAGAAUGGCCAACUGCUUCGUAGAUCGAAGUUAUUUCCAAUAUUACAUACUCAGGUAUUAAAGUCGACUGAAACUGAGAUUAGGUGAUACAUUUUAUUGUUAGAAUCAACUGACUGCUCUGUAAAAUUAACAAUUACGAAUCAUUCGAUAUAUAUAAAUUAUUAUUAAUAUUUUAUUGCUAUGAACGGAGGCACUUGAUAAAAUAUAUUCUAGACAUGAUUCUAGAUACUCAAAAAUAUUAGAUACGAUUCAUUUUUAUUUCGGACUCAAUUGAAGAGCCUAUUUUCAAAUCGUCUUAAAUCGAUACUUUACUAAAAUAAAAAUUAUUUCGUCAGAUCAAAUUGAGAUCUAUAUCCCAGAAUAAAUAAUUUUUCUCUUUAUUGUUGUAAGAUUUUUCUAUCAAAAAAAAAAGGAGAGAAAUAAGAAUAAAAUAAAAAAUAAAUAAAUAGGAGUCGAGAUAGAGGUGAAAGCGAUUGCGGAUUAGGUUGUGUCAGGAUUGCGUUUGAAUUUUAAAUAAUUAUAUGAUAAUAAAUUAAAAUAUCAUAUCAAUUAAUAUUCAAUAAUUAUAUUUAAGUAACCUUUUAAGAAAUAUAUAAUAAGAAAACUGUGAUUUUUCUCAGCUUUAUAAUGAAUCAAUGAAUUUGAAACGUUUUGGAAAUAAGCUUUUCAAAUGUAAUGCAAAAAUGUAUUUAUACAUAUUCGUGAUAAUAGCGAAUAAUGUGUAAUUAUGCGAAGGAAAAAAAUCUCUUCGAGCAUGCAAUUGUUGAUAAUUAUUGUUAUUUCGUUAUAUUAAAUCGUGUAUCGAUUAAAUCGCGCGGACUAAUUGUAAGCAUACGAUUUCUAUCUUGUAUUACCGAUAUAUAUAUAUAUAUAUAUAUAUAUAUAUAUAUAUAUAUAUAUGUAUGUAUAUAUAUAUAUAUAUAUAUAUAUAUAUAUAUAUAUAUACAGGAGGCAGGAUAAAUUGCAUAAUAAAUUAUACGCGGAUUGUAUACUAUUUUAAGACUUCGAUAUGGUAUAAAAAAAAAGAAAGAAAAAAGUAAAAAAAGAUAUAAAAAAAACCAAUCACAAUAAGUUUUUACAUACUUAUGAAAUAAUUUUUAAAAGAUUUUACGAAAUCUACAGAGUCUCUUAAAAUCGUAUAUAUCUAGAGAUUACUGUAAUAAUCGUGUAAUUAAUCAGAAGCGUUUGUCAACUAUAUAUAAAUAUUCAAAUAAUGCGCGAUAAGCUGAAAUUUUAUAAGAAACAAAAAUUAUUGCCAAUUUAAUAUUAGAUUAUAAGCAAGUACUUGCCAAUAUAUUAAAGCGAUAAAUAAGAUCACACAUGUCAAAAACGUCGAUCCAAAUUAUAUUCUCUUUUCAUUUUAUUACGUACGUAUCAUACAAUGUAUUGCCAUUAAAUUUGAUAAAUCUUAAAACAAUUUUUUAAUAAUACGAAAGAAGAUAAAAAUAAAAUUAAAUAAAAUAAAAGAAUCAAUAGUAUCAGGGUACUUUUAUAACAUACAUUGUUUUACUUAUAUAAAAGGUUUUUUAGUAAUCGAUAAUAACAGUCACUGUCGACAACUGAAAUAAUAUAAAAUUUAUUGCGUGAUUUACAUAUUUUUUAAGUACAUAAAUAAUAAUCUCUCGUUUAAUUCGAUAAUGAUGAUACGAUCAUGGUAUCGUUCGUUACGCGAUAAAUUAACAAAUAUUGGUUAUAAAUUAAUACGUAAUUAAUAGUACGUAAUAUGUAAAUUUGUUGUUUGUCCUUGAUGGUGAUAAGCUUGUCCAAACUUUACCGUUUAUACAAUAAAGGUUCAUCAAAGCGA